AUGUGCUUUCAUUCAUUUUCUCUACAGAAUAAUUGCAAUUGCUCAAAGCAUUCCAUCUGUAAGUUCAAUUUUGCACAAGAAACCCACCGAUGCGAGUGCAAACCAGGAUUCACGGGAAAUUCGUGUGAAAUUCAUAUCAAUGAGUGUGCUUCUAAUCCUUGUCAAAAUGGAGGAUCAUGUCAAGACCGAGUCAACUCACACAACUGUACAUGUGCUGCAGGAUUUACUGGGAGCAACUGCGAAAAARAUAUCGAUGAUUGUGCUUCUAAUCCUUGUCAAAAUGGAGGAUCAUGUCAAGACCAAGUCAACUCAUACAACUGUACAUGUGCUGCAGGAUUUACUGGAGCUGAAUGUCAGACAGAUAUCGAUGAUUGUGCUUCUAAUCCUUGUCAAAAUGGAGGAUCAUGUCAAGACCGAGCCAACUCACACAACUGUACAUGUGCUACAGGAUUUACUGGAGUCAACUGUCAGACAGAUAUCGAUGAUUGUGCUUGUAAUCCUUGUCAAAAUGGAGGAUCAUGUCAAGACCGAGUCAACUCAUACAACUGUACAUGUGCUACAGGAUUUACUGGAGUSAACUGUCAGACAGAUAUCGAUGAGUGUGCUUCUAAUCCUUGUCAAAAUGGAGGAUCAUGUCAAGACCACGUCGACUCAUACAACUGUACAUGUGCUGCAGGAUUUACUGGAGUCAACUGUCAGACAGAUAUCGAUGAGUGUGCUUCUAAUCCUUGUCAAAAUGGAGGAUCAUGUCAAGACCAAGUCAACUCAUACAACUGUACAUGUGCUACAGGGUUUACUGGGACCAACUGUCAGACAGAUAUCAAUGAUUGUGCUUUUAAUCCUUGCCAAAAUGGAGGAUCAUGUCAAGACCAAGUUAACUCAUAUAACUGUACAUGUGCUGCAGGAUUUACUGGGUCCGACUGUCAGACAGAUAUUGAUGAGUGUGCUUCUAAUCCUUGUCAAAAUGGAGGAUCAUGUCGAGAUCGAGUCAACUCAUACAACUGUACAUGUGAUGCAGGAUUUACUGGGGUCAACUGUCAGACAGAUAUCGAUGAGUGUGCUUCUAAUCCUUGUCAAAAUGGAGGAUCAUGUCAAGACCACGUCAACUCAUACAACUGUACAUGUGCUGCAGGAUUUACUGGGGCCGAAUGUCAGACAGAUAUCGAUGAGUGUGCUUCUAAUCCUUGUCAAAAUGGAGGAUCAUGUCAAGACCGAGUCAACUCAUACAACUGUGCAUGUGCUGCAGAGUUUGUAGGAGAGCACUGCGAGCUAGCUAUAGAAUGGCUUAAAGUUGGUAGCGCAGUGUGCAUUGGAUCAAAAAAUGACCAGUUCGGAAAUUUUACUAUCCCAGUUGCUUGCCAUGUCUUGAACUUCAAACUUGUUUAUGUGUCUGGAGGUGGGAUAACAUGGACAACUGGAAACACCAAAGCCUACUGGGGAACUACCAAUAGAAGGAACAAUAAAGAUCUUAAUUUACACAUCACUGAUGCCGACAACAAUAGAAUCAGUCCACCACCUGACUUCCCACUGACUUAUGCUAAGCUCGGUUUCCUGAUAUACCAGUUGCCAGGUGUGACCAACAUGGACCCAGACCUUACAUUCCCCGAGUUGUCACCUCCCCUAGCAGUGACAGCAGGCAAGGAGUUCAGGAUAUGGGUGGAUCAAGAUCUGAACAACGAAUGGGAAAAUGACAACGAGGGACAAACUUGUGCUGAUGUUUGGAUUAAGAAAUAUUAAAACUACUCUCUGCCAGAACUAUUCAGUUAUUCAUUUGGUACAGCGGUUGAUGAUCAUGAAAACUAGAUUUCUUGACCAGGACAAAAUGUACAAUUUCAGUUUAUGUAUUCAAUUCUAUUUUAUCAUUGAAAUACACAAGUUCCAUUUCGCUUCCUGUGGCUUCAUGUAUUUAUGUUGAUGACUUUCCACAUUGAAGCAGGAACCAGACAAAGUGGUAUAGAAAGUCCAACUGUGUUCAAUUGGUUCUUUGAUUGGGUACUUAAGGUAGCUGCACAUGAAAUCGAUCAACGUUUCCCUGACCAGAUGCGUGUGGGGCCAGGAGAUGCGGGCCACCAGAUGUAGGUGGCACGUGCUAACCUUACUUGAAUGCUUGCCAUCAACGAAACACUGGGCGCAUGAAUGGAACUGAAAUGAUUAAAUGGCUACUAUAUGCAGAUGAUGUUGCAAUUUUCUCAAAGGAUCUUUCUAACUUACAGGCUAUUUUGGAUAUUGUAUACACAACCUGUUCUAGAUAUGGUCUACAGAUUAGCUUCAAGUAAACAAAAACACAAGUUUUCAAUGACUUAGAACUCAUGAACGAAAGAAGUCUACUGAACAUUUCUGCGAACGAUAUUGAGAAUGUUAAGGAAUUUAAAUAUCUGGGACAUAUGUUUUACAGCGACCCAAAAGAUUCUUUUGUUGACAACAGAAUUAUCAGUGCAACUGGCAAAUUUUACGAUCUAAAGAUUGUUCUCAUAGACAAUAAAGUGUCCAUGAAAACUAGAAAUGAUUCCAGAACGUUAUUUAACUUCGACCACUUCAAGUUGUGCUGUACUUCAGCUAGGAUAGCGCUAUCCGACGGAUAAAUCGUAUCCAGUGGAUAAAUUCAUUGGAUAACAGCAUCGACUUAUCACUCCAUAAGGAUUUAUCCAUCGGAUAGCGCUAUCCAGGCUUUGUAUAACCGGGUCCUGUACUUCAACUUGGUGGGUGCAAUAUUAUGUACUGAUCAAGUUUUAUUUCAGCAAAUGACAGAGCUGCCGUUUAUUGACAGCUACGUUACUAAGCAUCCAGCUGAGCAUUAAUCUCUCAAUAUCAAACACACUAUAUUCAACACUUAUAUUUCACCUUUAGCAUCUAUGGAUGGUGGAAGAACUGUAUCAAACAUAAUGUACGUCACGCGAUAAUGCAACAAAAUAAAAAUAGCAAGAAUCUAACACACCAUAUUCAACACUCAUAUUUAACAUCUGGCAUCUAUGCAUGGUAGAAGAAUUAUGACAAACAUGACGUAGGUCACGUGGUAAUGCAACGAAAUAAAAAUAGCAACAAUCAAACAGACCAUAUUUAACACUUAUAUUUAACAUAUAUUUGCUUUUAUGUUAAGAAAAAUUUCAAACCCGACAAUGAUGACUGGACGAGAUUUCCGAACAACAAUUCUCAUAAUAUAUUUGGAAAUAGUAUAACUUUUAAUAAAUUGAAAAU